AUGAAUUACUCACGGUUCCUCACUGCCAAAAGCAUGGCCAGAAAACCCUCUCCCAUCCGAACCACGGUUGAUAUAAUGACCAAGUCACCAAACACACUCAUCUCCUUGGCUCCUGGAUUUCCAAAUCCAAACACAUUCCCCUUUAAGAGUGCUACUAUCACUGUGGAAAAUGGAGGUACCAUCCAAUUUGAUGAAGAGAUAAUGAGUAGAGCACUUCAGUAUUCUCCAAGUUAUGGAAUUCCAGAGCUUGUGUCCUGGUUAAAACAGUUACAAAUAAAAUUGCAUAAUCCUCCCACUGCCCACUGUCCACCCAGUCAAGGGCAAAUGGAUUUAUGUAUCACAUCUGGCUGCCAAGAUGGUCUUUGUAAGGUGUUUGAAAUGAUCAUUAAUCCUGGAGAUAAUAUCCUCCUAAAUGAACCACUUUAUCCAGGAACAAUUCAAGCUAUGUUACCACUGGGUUGCAAAAUUAUUAAUGUUCCCAGUGACGAAAAUGGGAUGAUUCCAAGCUCCCUCAGAGAAAUACUUUCCAAAUGGAAACCAGAAGAUUCAAAGGACCCCAAUAAAAACACCCCCAAAUUUCUUUAUACUAUUCCAAAUGGCAACAACCCUACUGGCAACUCAUUGACAAGUGAUCGCAAGAAGGAAAUCUAUGAGCUUGCAAGAAAAUAUGACUUCCUCAUAAUAGAAGAUGAUCCUUACUAUUUUGUCCAGUUCAACAAGCCCUGGGAACCAACAUUUCUUUCUAUGGACAUUGAUGGGCGUGUGAUCAGAGCUGACUCCUUUUCAAAAAUCCUCUCCUCUGGGUUGAGAGUAGGGUUUAUAACUGGCCCAAAGCAAUUGAUAGAGAGAAUCGUUUUACACUCACAAGUUUCAGUACUGAACCCCUGCACUUUCUCACAGCUCAUGAUAUCACAGCUUCUACACCAAUGGGGAGAAGAAGGCUUCUGGGCUCACAUAGACAGAGUUGUUGGUUUCUACAAGAGCCAGAGGGAUGCAGUACUGGCCGCUGCAGACAAGUGGUUACAUGGCUUGGCAGAAUGGCAUGUCCCCAAGGCUGGAAUGUUUUUAUGGAUUAAAAUUAAAGGCAUUCCUGACGUAAAACAAUUGAUUGAAGAAAAAGCCAUUAAGAAAGAGAUCUUAUUCGUGCCUGGAAGUGCUUUUUAUGUCAACAGCUCAACUCCUAGCCCUUACUUCAGAGCUUGCUUCUCUUUAGUUUCUCCAGAACAGAUGGAGAUGGUCUUCCAGAGAUUAGCCGAACUUAUAAAAGAAUCAUUAUGA